AAAAAAAAAAAAAAAGUUAGCAAAAUAGAAUUUCAUUUUUGAGGGUUUAUAGGAGAAAGGAGGAGAGGGGUUUCUUCCUCCAUAAAAGUUGUUGUACUGCAUCAUCUGCAUCCUGCAAUGGUUUCGCUAUCAACAUGGUGUCGGUACAUUGCCCACAAAUUCGAAUACUCCUUAUCUCUCGGCUGGAAGAAUUAUAAAGGAGGUCAAAUUUCGGACAGAGAGGUAGGUGAUGUUAUUUGGAAGAACUUCUUUCAAGGUAAGUUGACCUACUUACACUGGAAUAGAGGAGAGGAGAUGGCCCCUACUAUUGACGGAAAAGGAGCAACUCUUCUUGUUCGGAAAUUACCAACUGCAGAUCCAACGCGUGUUUUUGUAGGAGAUGUUGUGGUCUUGAAGGACCCUGAGAAGCCAGAUAAGUACCUAGUCAGAAGAUUAACUGCAGUUGAAGGUUAUGAAAUGAUUUCUACUGAUGAAAAGGAUGAACCCUUUGUUCUUGAGAAGGAUCAAUGCUGGGUAGUGGCUGAGAAUGAAAAAUUGAAAGCCAAGGAAGCAAAUGAUAGUCGAUUAUUUGGUCCAGUUCACAUGACAGACAUUGUAGGCAGAGUCAUAUAUUGCCUACGAAGUGCAGUAGACCAUGGCCGUGUGCAAAAUAGUCAUUUCAGCAUGCAAAAGGAUUCACCAGUGUUGGAAGUGGAACUUGAUAUUGAUGAGAUGGCAAAGAGUCACAAAGCCUAAACUUUUGUCCCGAGAAGCACACUAACUUGUUUAUUUUGCUUAGUUUCUUAUUUUCUUCUUGUGGAUUUUCCUUGAAGCAAGGAUGAAGAAUAAAAUAUAUGAUUUUUAAAUUGUUGCAAUGGGAUGGUGGUGUUAUGUGGAUGUCCUUAGCUAAGUCUGCAUAUUGGGCGAUUGGCCUUUUCUUCUCAACUGAAAAAAUUGAAGCGGCCUGAGUUUAAAGCUUGAGUUCAACAUUGUUGUAAGCUGAAGUUCUAGCAAAGGACCUCAUCUCCCUGUUGUUCUAUGAGUAAAUUAUUUGACUUCAAAAGGAAGUUGACCAAUUUUCGGUCUAUUGGUUAAUGGUCAGGAAUGAUAAAAGGCUGCAUGUCAGAAAUUAUGGUUCCAGCUGUUUUCAUUUUGUUUGCUACAGGAGGAUUUGUUCCUCUUAUGUUUAAAAGUGGUCAUAUUAUUUGAUCACAACCACUUAUUUAAAAAUCAUAUACUUUUCUAUUUCUUAUCUCAUCAUCAAUAAGUAGUUGUGAUUAAAUAAUAGAAUUAUAUGAUCACUUUUAAACAGAAGAAGAUCUAAAUCCGCUACUCGAUGAUAAAAGUUGUGAAGUCCUAGUGGUACUAGGCUCACGAUCCCAAGGGUUUCUUGCCAUCUUGGAAAAGUGAAUUUGUUUAGCAAGGUGAUAUUAUCCUUGAUAUUUGUCUUCAUCAGUCGGUAAAGUGAAUUUUAUGAAAAAGAACGUUUAAGUUGAACUUGACUGAAUCAAAUAAAAUUAUACUUUUUUUCUUCUUUUUCCUUUCUUUCUGUGGGCCUCAAUUUAUGGUCAAUGAUUCACAGGCUGAAUGGAUUACUUAGGACCUCUGUUGGUAUAUAGAUUCAUCAUUUUUUUACAAACAUACGUUCUUGACUCGGGGAGUCAUGUAUUUCCUUAGGGCCUGUUUGGUAGGAGUGUGUUUUUUGAAAUCCUGGAAAAGCUUGAUUGGGAUUGUAGCUUUUCUAUGUUUGGUAGAGGAAAUCAAAAAUCUUUCUCAUGAUUCCAGCUUUUCUAGAAUUUUGGCUGUAGUGCAAAUUACAUCCGCAAAUACCAUGAACAAAUACCACAAAUUAUGUGGUAUUUGCGGAAUUCGAUUUCUUGGAGAAAGUUUACAAAUUUUUUGGGUCCUUUUUACCCUUGCUGCAUCGUGCCCUAUUAAAGUAGUAACUCACGUUUAACAAUAAUUCACGUUUUACGUGAUUGCAGACACGCGAGGAAAAUUUGGCAACUCUGGUUUAAAGGUACGAUUCCAAAUUCUUUUAUGACUUUGAAUUUGCAGGACUCGAUGACAUCCAAUAUAGAGAACCUGUGGACAUUAAAUGAAGUGAAGGACUGGAAGGAUAUCUUUUUUACUACUUGUUGGUACCUGUGGAAAUGGAGAAACUUGGAGAUUCUUGAAGAUCAGUUCCGGCAUGAAGAGCAAACUAAAGAAACGAUUUGGAUUUUUAUUCAACAAAUAUUACGGUCCAGAAGUCAUCAUAGGCAAUUAAUUACCAAGGGUAGCAGUUGGGUAGCUCCUCAGCAGGGAUGGGUCAAACUAAAUUGUGAUGGAGCUUCUUCUAGCUGCAUGAAAAAAGCUAGCUGUGGUGGUAUACUAAGAGAUCACAAUGGAUCCUUCUUGGGAGGUUUUUAUUGUGAUUUAGGUUAUUGCAAUCCUCUUUAUGCAGAGUUAUGGGGAUUAUUGAAAGGUUUGGAAUUGGUUUGGGGCACAGGCUUAAAAAAGAUAGAGGUAGAAUGUGAUUCUAUUCAAGCCAUCCAAAUUUUGAAAGAGCAACGUGAAGACCCUAGAGAAUCCCAAGUCACUAGAAGGUUGAGAUUAUAGUCAAAAGCAGAUUGAACCAUUCAUCUAGUUCAUACAAAAAGAGAUAACAACAAGUGUGCACAUUGGUUAGCCAAAGCUGGGCAGAAUGAAAAUCUCCACUUAAAGAUUUUUAAGGAACCCCCUCCUCAGUUGAUGGAUCUUUUAGAUACUGAUGCUAGAAAUAUGUAGCUUGAUAGUUACUGAGUUGUAAUUUUCUUUUGAUUUUUGGGGCUUGGCUCCUCUUUAUUUACAAAAAAAAAAAAAUAAGGUAGUAACUCAUUAUCUCCCUUUUGGUUAGUGAAGGAAAAACAACGGAAAGAUAAUUCCAGAAGUUUUGUUGAUGGUUGCUGGAUUAUUAAAGACAACCUCGUGGAAUAGUUGUUCAUCCGUUGAACUCCAUUUUUCUACUAUUUGUUCUCCCAUGUCAGCAAACCCCAAUUCGGUGAAU